CAGCGGGACGGCCGGCAGAGGAGGUGUCAGCAUGCCGUCUGCUUUCCAGUUUCAGUGCCACCUCGUUCUCAUCUUCCUGGCAGCCUCCAAGGGAGAAACCAGAUACCUAGAGGUGAGGGAUGCUGGUGAAGAUGAUCCCUUUCUACUCCUCAGUGAAGAUCUGAAGCGAGAGCUGUCUGCAGGACAGAUCUACCGGCGAUCACUCCGGUGCAUUGACAUGCUGAGUACAGAGGGGCAGUUCACCUUCACCGCAGACCAGCCGCAGCUGCACUGCGCUACCUUCUUCAUCGGGGAGCCCGAGGAGCUCAUCACCAUUCACUACGACUUCGUGAACAUCGACUGCCGAGGGGGGGACUUCCUGAAGGUGUUUGAUGGAUGGAUACUCAAGGGAGAGAAAUUUCCCAGUUCCUUGGACCAUCCGCUCACCACUUCUCAAAGAUAUGUAGACUUCUGUGAAAGUGGGGAUGUUCAGAGGAGCAUCAGAUCCUCACAGAACGUGGCAAUGAUCUUCUUCAGGAUUCAGCAAGCAGGCAAUGGAUUUACUGUCACAGUCAAGAAAAACAGCAACCUCUUCCCUUGCAAUGUCAUCUCUCAGACCCCCUCAGGAAGGUUUACCAUGGUCAUUCCUCACCAGCACAGAAACUGCAGCUUCUCCAUAAUCUACCCAGUGGUGAUAAAAAUAUCUGAUCUUAUCCUGGGACAUUUAAAUGGUCUCUUUUUAAAGAAACCCUCUGCAGGCUGUGCAGGAGUGGGAGAUUUUGUAGAGCUUCUCGGAGGAGCUGGCUUAGACCCAUCCAAAAUGUUUCCACUAGCUGACCUCUGUCACUCCUUUCAUGGGUCUGCCCAAAUGAAGAUUGGCUGUGACAACACUGUGCUGCGAAUGGUCUCCAGCGGCAAACACAUCAACCGUGUGACAUUUGAGUAUCAUCAACUGGAUCUGCAGGAAACAGAAACAAGGAAGGAGAACAGCAUUGAGGAAUUCUGCUUUCCUAGUAUCUGAGAAACCAGGACACACAUCUUAACAUAGUUAACGGAAAUAAAGUUCUAUAAUAAUGUAUUUUUUCCUUUAACUAGCUGGUGGUGUCAAGCCUUUCCAUAAGCAUAAUUCUUUUUUUUGUACAAAUCAGGCAUUCCCAUCAGCAAGCAGGAAAAAGCAACAUAUAUAUUAAUGUUUGUUACUAUCAUUAUAUUCUUUCUGCAAUGUUUAAGCUCAUUUACCAUAUCAAAAAUCAAUAGCAAGAAUAGAGGGGUGUGUUUCCUGUAUAAAUAUUAAUAGGAAAAUAGACAGAAACCCUAGUCUGGGGAUAUAUAAAACCUACAAUAAAUACAAACUUCAUGCAGCAGCUUUAUCCUUUUAUAUCAAGUAUAAACAAACAAAAAAAAAGAUGGUGAAAUAUAAUUCCAGUUUUGUAAGAGGAAGACCAACAUUAGUGUGCGUAAAAACUACUGUUUUACUUAUGACUAUAAAUGUGCUAUUUAUUUCUAAUGACAUGUUUUUAAUAAAAAUUUAUAGCAUGAGA